AUGAAGAGAAGGGACACGCCCCUUUGCAAGCAGCAGUCCACACCCUGCUUUGGGAAAGAAAUACCACGGCUUUUCCCAAGAAUGUCAAUGAGUGAGGUGGAUGAGAAGGUACGUCUGCGAGCAGAGAGGGUCUACGCCUCUGCCCUAAAAGGGGAAGACACCAAGGAUGCUCUGGCAAUGUUCACUGUGCCGGAGGACUGUCCCAUCGGUCUGCAUGAGGACAGGGAGCGAGCGAUGCAGAAGGAGCUGGCUGAGCUGCAGUCUCAGGAGUCUACCAAGAAGAAGAAGAGUUUCAUGUUGAAGCGCUCGCAGUCGGUAUCUUUGCAGUUACCCGUCACUGCUAAAUGGGCCCAGUCUAUGGGGUCUUCAAUGCUCUCCCCACCCACACCUGAACCUGACCUCCCAGAGGGCUUUCCAGACUUCCAGAGAGUAACCAUCAGUGGAGAUUACUGUGCAGGGAUCACAGUUGAGGAUUAUGAGCAGGCAGCCAAAAGUAUCCUUGGGGCGCUGUUCAUCAGAGAGAAAUACUCCAGGUUGGCCUAUCACCACUUCCCCAGGACCACUGCCCAGUUCCUCCGCAAUGCCGAAAAUGAGAAAUGGAGGGAGGAGGAUGAGGUUUUGCCAGACAUCUGGCCUUUCCCUCAUGAAGGGGAGGACCCAUACUCUUUGGAGGGCAUUCCUGAGGACCUGAACUACGAGCUGCAGAUGAAGGAUGGCAUUGUUCAUGUUUACGACAGUGCCGAGGCCCUCAAACAACAGCAGCCCCACAGCCUUCCUUACCCUGACAUUGAGACCUUUGCCAUAGACCUGAGCCAUGUCCUCGCAAUGAUAGCUGACGGUCCAACGAAAACCUACUGUCACAGACGGCUGAACUUCUUGGCCUCUAAAUUCUACCUUCAUGAAAUGCUGAACGAAAUGGCCGAGCUAAAAGAGCUGAAAGGUGUUUCCCACAGAGACUUCUACAACGUCAGGAAGGUGGACACCCAUAUACACGCUGCUGCUUGCAUGAACCAGAAGCAUCUCCUGAAAUUUAUAAAGACCACAUACCAGACAGAGGCAGACCGCGUGGUCUUGGAGAAGGGAGGUCAGAAGAUCACACUCAAGAAAGUCUUCAGCAACCUUAACAUGGACCCCUACGACCUGACCGUAGACUCUCUGGACGUUCACGCUGGAAGACAAACAUUUCAUCGGUUCGACAAGUUCAACUCCAAAUACAACCCUGUGGGAGCCAGCGAACUGCGUGAGAUUUACUUGAAAACAGACAACUACAUCAAAGGGGAAUACUUUGCACGUCUCAUCAAGGAAGUGGCUAAAGAGCUGGAGGAGAGCAAGUACCAGCACGCUGAGCCCCGUCUGUCGAUCUACGGCCGCUCUACCAGCGAAUGGGAGAGCCUGGCAAACUGGUUCAUCCAGCAUAAGAUCCACUCACCCAACAUGAGAUGGAUGAUCCAAAUUCCUAGAAUCUAUGACAUCUUCAGGUCAAAGAAACUAAUACCACACUACGCCAAGAUGCUGGAGAAUGUCUUCCUUCCCCUCUUUGAGGCUACAGUCAACCCGCAAAAGCACAAAGCAUUACAUGUGUUCCUAAAAUACGUAACAGGAUUUGACAGUGUGGAUGACGAGUCCAAACACAGUGACCACAUGUUCUCUUACAAAAGCCCGAAGCCUGAGGCGUGGACCACAGAUGACAACCCUCCCUACACCUACUACCUGUUCUACAUGUAUGCCAACAUCAUGGUGCUCAACAACCUGCGCAAGGAGCGAGGACUGAACACUUUCCAGUUCCGUCCCCACUGUGGCGAGGCCGGCUCCAUCACCCAUCUGGUUACCGCCUUCCUCACCGCUGACAACAUCUCCCAUGGACUCAAUCUCAAGAAGAGUCCAGUGUUGCAGUACCUGUACUACCUGGCCCAGGUCCCGAUCGCCAUGUCCCCACUGAGCAACAACAGCCUGUUCCUGGAGUACUCCAAGAACCCUCUACGAGAGUUUCUGCAGAAGGGCCUGUGUGUGUCGCUGUCCACUGAUGACCCCAUGCAGUUCCACUACACCAAGGAGGCCUUGAUGGAGGAGUAUGCCAUUGCAGCCCAGCUGUGGAAGCUGAGCACCUGCGAUCUGUGUGAGAUAGCCAGAAACAGUGUGCUGCAGAGCGGACUCUCACAUCAGGAAAAGAAACACUUCAUUGGUCCCAACUACCGACAGGAUGGACCGGAGGGCAAUGACAUUCGGCGGACAAACGUGGCACAGAUCCGCAUGUCUUACCGCCACGAGACUCUGUGCAAUGAGCUCAGUUUUCUCGUGGACGCAGUGAAGGCAGAUGUUGGCACUAGCAUACCUGAGUGAUUGACCACGGCAGCACAAACUGUGCCUGAAUAUAUCCUCAGAGAUGAAGGGGCAUAGGUUAGACGGCACAUGCAUGCAAUUUUAUUUUUUUUCCUGACCCAGAUUUUUUUUAAAAGGAGGUGCUUAUCAUUUUGUUAAUCUGGGUGCAAGAAUCUGGCCUACUUGUUGCAGCAUUAUAGACUUGUAUGACUGUAUUCAAUGCUGUAUGUAUGGACUUGCCAUUCACUGUGUGCCUAAUUUCCCAGAGAUAGAGGUUUAUUUUCUUUUAAAGUGUGCUUGUGGGUUUGCAUAUAUGAAAGGGCGUUAGCCACAAAGCCCAAUAUAGAGGUAGAACAUAAAAUGAUUUACACUUAAAAAAUGGUUUCUUACAUUUGUAAAGCAGGUUCUGCUUGGUGAUUUGUUUUUAUGUCACUUGCAUAUAUGCAUGUUACAAAGGAUUUUAUGUGGACUAAUAGGUCAGAAAUGAAGUUGAAAAAAGAGGGGAAAAAAUAUGAUUUUACUGCCAGGUCAGAUUUGCCUUUCUCACACUAAACUGAGUCAAUUGCAUACAUUUGUGAAUGAGAGGCCAGGCAAGUAUUCACAAAGACAGGUGCAGGGGUCAUUGAGCAUUGUAGUUUUGUGAGAGCUUUGUGGUGAUAUCAGUAUCACAAACUCCAGAUCACAACUGGGGAAAGACUAGGAUUUAUUUUCUUUUUUAUGUUUAUCAUUUUUUGAUAAAUUUUUCAUAUGUAAAUAAAGGCUGCAGAACAGUCAAA